UCAACGGCCCAUCAUCACCGCUACCGUAACAUCAUCAUCCGCUCAUUCGAACCAUAGGCGACCUUUGGCACUACGUCAACCACAUGAUCACUGCCUUCUGAACAGCACUCUUUAAUCCACAGGAGAUGGGCCUGUUGUCGCAGCUGUCCGUCUUCCUGUGGAAGAACCUGUAUGUUCAGAAGGUAAAACGCCACUAUCUUCUGGUCAUAUCUGAACUGGUUGUGGCACUUGCUGCCUUCGCCAUGGUGGAGCACGACAGGCCCUUGCCGCCCGCCAACAUGAAAGAAGCUCCGUACCUGUCACUACAGUCGCAAUACCCGAACAGAGGUGAGGAAUAUCUUGAGCACCCCACGAAGUUGCUCUAUACCCCAGCGAACAGGGAGAACGACCGGCUCCUGGAAGAGGCCUUCAAUGCUUCGUCCGGCGUUGAGCUGCUUGGGUACGCCAACCAUGCUGAGAUGAUGGUAGCGUUCAAGAAGAUGGCACCUGCACCAGCAAGUGGUCCAGACCAGCACGUCGUAACGUUGUUUUUGGAAGUGCAUAACAACAGUCAACUCCAGUUCAUCAUCGGCUUCUACGACAACACUGACUUCAUCGAUCGACGCAAGAAGGACAUGCCGGUCUUCGAACCUCUCCCAGAUCCCGUGACGCAGCGCGUAACCGUUGCCCGGAUUCAGAUCGCCCUCAACCGCGCCCAUCGGAAACUGAUGCCCGUGUCUAAUCUGGUCGACAUUGAGGUCUCGACACAAAGGCUUCCGCAGGGCCCGCAUCCUCUGGACUCGUCGCCAGAAAGUCGUCGCCAUCUCAUGGUCUUACGCCUGGCUGUGGCAUUCGGGCUUCCCUUCAUCAUCAUCAUCUUAACACUAGUGCGAGAAAACCAAUCCGGCAUGAAAGAACACCUCAUGCUCAUGGGCAUGCGCGAUAUGGCCUACUGGCUCGGACACUUUCUUCCAGCCUUUAUCUUCGGCAUGAUCGUUACCUCGGUGAUUAUGCUGUACAUGCUGUUUGCUGAUCGCGAGGGCCACCAUUUCUUGGAAGGCACAAAUUCUCUCCUGGUGUUUGUGUUCAUGUUCAUUUUCUGCGCCCAAUAUUCCGCAAUCGCUUUGUUCUUCUCCGUUUUCUUCACCAACACCGUGCCGGCUUUGCUGUUCGCGGUUUGCUACUGGGUCCUGUCCAGUGUCGUGCCCUUCCUCACCAUCGAAGACUGGUCGGGUCGUUCGAUGCACUACAUUAUGCUGGGGCAUAGCACGAAAACGCUUACCUCUCUCUUUCUACCCUGCAUGGGUCCGCACUGGUGCUUCCGAAUCUUGGGCUGCGCCAAUCUUGCGGGUGAUCCUUACAGUUUUGGAUCGAUUUCCGUGCCCGUCUUGAAUCUGGACAACGUGACUAUGGCUGGUAUUUGGAUGAUGAUGAUUCUGAGUAUAAUAUGUAGCUGCAUAUUGUUGUGGUACUUCGGCAACGUGCUCCCGUGGGCCAAAGGUCUGUCGAGACCCCCGUGGUUUCCCUUCACGCCUCAGUACUGGUGUCCCGCUAGGGUUGGGACGCACGAAAAACCUGCCGUGCCGGACGGUGUGCGAUUCGAAGCCGAUCCGCUUGAUGUCGAGCCCGCAGUGUUCGUGAACCGGCUAGUGCUCGAGAAGCAGCAGACGUACAUAUUGCACGAAACAAACUUCAAGACCUUUCCCGGAGAGAUUACUGUCGUGCUCGGUCCUCCGGCUUCCGGGAAGACAUCUCUAGUGAACGCUAUUGCAGGUGUGAUGCAGCCAGCCAGAGGCCAAGUCAUUGUUUGUGGAUUCGAUAUGACUGAGGAGACGCGGCAAGCGAGGUCCCAACUGUCACUGUGCCCGAAGCGGGACAUCCUUUUCGAUGAUUUCACAGUCUGGGAAACACUCUGGUUUUUUGGAACGAUGCGCGACAUGAAACACGACCUGUUAAGACAGAAGAUCACCGAGACAAUGAACAUCGUUGCCCUAACAGAGUUCAGUUCAACUCUGGCCGGAUCUCUGGACGCCGCCCACAGACGAUUCCUUUCUGUUGGAGUAGCCAUAGUGGCGACGCCCCGCGUCAUUGUCCUGGACGCCCCGGCGCAUGGUCUGGGGCCCUUAGAGCAGGAAUUCUUGUGGGGCGUCCUUGCAAAAGUGAAAGUUGCUAGCCCCACAUCUAUCAUCAUUACGACAUCGGAAGUAGCUUGCGAAGCGUUCGCAGACAGAAUCGCUAUCCUGGGCUACGGUGCCAUGAAAUGUCACGGAACGCGGGCCUUCGUUCGUCAUCGCUUCGGCUGCGGGUACAACUUCCGCUUCAUCAAGAUGAAAAGAUUCCAAGCGAAGCAGUGCAUGGACACCACUAAGAAGCACGUGCCAGAAGCAUACGCUCUGUCAGACCACAAAGAAGCGAUGGUUCUGGGCUUGGGAGAGACCGUCAGCCCAGCAACGAUGUCGAACCUCACUUUUGCGUUUGAGGACAACUACCCGAAGCUGGGAAUUGCGCAUUGCGGUCCUCUGUUCACAACUAUGGAAGACGUCUUCAUUCGCCUUGUGCUGGAGCUGGACAACAAUCCGCCUAGCGUUGCGCCGAGACCAUUAGGAAUGACAAUGAGCCGGAGAACGAGCCGAAGCCGAAGAAUGAGCGCCGCAGGAACCGUCGCCGAGGACUGGGAAGUAUCCGGUCAGAACGUAAUCAUUCCCACACAGAAAUACAUUGCUGGAAUGACCUCUCAAGAGGAGUACUACGAGUCCCAGGGGGAGAUCGAAAAUCACAUCCAUGCCUUGUGGAAUCUGAAACCGGGCAAGUCCAGUCACUCGCAGGUCUUCAAGGCUCUUCUCGGGAAGCGAGCCUUCUACACUCGCCAGACGUGGGCCCUCCCGCUCUUCUGCUGGCUCUUACCGACCGCGAUACUGUUCUGGCUGUGCUUCAUCGAGUCCUCGUCCCAGGAAUGGCACUUUCUGAAAGUAACCCCCGACAACAUUGUGUACGACCUCGACUUGGUGUACCCUGGUGCGAACGCGUUUGUCGCCUAUGCGGCGUCGACCAGCUCCAAGACUGAAGAAGCCUACAAGAAGACAUUGGAGAAUAUGUCGCCCAAUGUAACAACCUUCGGGGACGCGGUUAUGUUUCUGCAGCGUCUGUCUCAGGAACGUGUCCCUGUUGACAACCUCGUAGUGGGCGCUGAGUUCAAGGACGAAAACAAAGGGCGCCUGCAGAAGGUGACUGCGUUCUACAGCGGAGACUACUACCACUCGCAGGCCGUCUCCUUGAACCUUGUCAACACCGCCCUCCUUCGCUACCUCACCGGCAACGACAAGUCCAAGGUGACGGCUGUGCUGCGGCCUCAUCGAAGCGAUGUCCAAAAGGUAGAGUCGGAGCGCAUCAGCAAUAACCACCUCACGGAUCACUUCAACACAAUCACCAAGCAGCGCAUCGCACGCCUCGUCUUUGUACCCGUCGCAACGUCCUUGCUCAUCUCCAGUUACGUCUUCUUCCCGAUCGACGAGAGGGCCACCAGAUCCAAGACAAUGCAGUUACUUUCGGGCGUCUCGCCCCUCGCGUACUGGGGCGCCAAUUACGUGUGGGACCUGAUAGCCGCGUUUGUGUCCCUACUGUGCAUGUUCUUUCCCAUCAUGAUAUGCCACCCGGGCGCAUCGAGGUUAUUUGGACACAUCAUUAUUUUGACGCUCGCCUAUGUCCACUCCGUCGUUCCCCUGGUGUACAUCUUCUCCUUCGUCACUGAUUCCAUGACGACGGGGUUCUUGGUGCUCGUGGGUCUCCUGUCCCUCACGGGUGUGUCUUCAACGCUAGGAUACCAACGGGCAUUGAUGGCCAGCGAGCAUGGAAUUGAGCUCUUCAUGCCAGUCUCCAGAAGCCCUGCGCUGUACUUUCUGUACUUGCUGCCACCCUUCAGCUACCAUUGGGCUCUGGUCAACUUGGCGCAACUGGACUACGAAAAUUUCCUCUGCUCUAAUCAGGCCUUGGUUGAGCUGCAUGACAUGUGUUCCUUCAUUCAGGGAAGCACGGAGGAAGCGGCGGUCUUGCUGAACGGCAUGCGCUAUUGCUGCGGAGAGCUCUUUCGCAACAACAUGACUUAUCUCUCGACACUGGGCGCCCUGUCGCUCCACCGAGAUUCAGCAGCUAUGGAGUUGCUAGUCAUGCUGUUUGAAGGUGUCAUCUUUCUGAUGAUGCUGGUGACGGUCGAGCGAGGAGUGUUCAGGCCCUUGGUCACUUCUCGAGUUGGGCCUUCACCGCCUGAAAAGCUUAAACCGGACGUGGCUGAUGAACGAAGACUAGUCGAGAAGACACUCGCUGACAAGGACUUCUCAAAGGCUGCUUUAGUCGUCCACGAUAUUCAAAAAAUCUACGGCAAAAGAUCUGCACUCCAGGGCGUCAGCUUCAUCCUUCGGCCAGGAGAGUGUGUGGUGGUCCUCGGCCUCCGGGAGAGCGGCAAGAGUUUGCUCCUGGAAGUCCUCGCAGGCAUCACGGCUCCGUCCGGCGGUAGUGCUUUCAUGCCAGACGGCGUCUCCUUGUCAGACUUGGAGAAAUGGCGGCAAAAUAUAGGCGUCUGUCCUCAGUACGACGGCAUCCUGGGUAAGCUGACAGUACGACAGACACUGUGGUUGUACGCAAACCUGAGGGGCAUCGAGUCGUCCAAGGUCCAUGACCUUGUGACGCACAUUAUUGAGCUUCUCAAUCUUCGCUACUACGAUUCCAUGUACGUUUACACCUGCAAUCCGGCGACGAGACGUAAGCUGGCUGUUGGAAUAGCCAUAAUCGGACUACCUCCUGUCGUUCUAAUGGAUGAUCCAGCGACCGGCUUGGACCUCCUGGCUAAGAAAAAGAUCUACGACACUAUCAGGCUCAUCAGGGAACUUGUUUGCGCUGCUGUUCUUGUGGUCACGCCCAGCAUGAGUGACUCCGUUGUGAUCUCAAACCGCAUGGCCGUUAUGUCACACGGACAAUUUCAGAGCAUCGGGACCACGAAAGAAGUCCACUCCAGACUGUGCAGAGGGUGUCACCUUGCUGCCGUGUUUCCACCGGGCAAACUAGUAGACGUCGCCGCAUUCACCGCUGUAGACAACAUCGUAAAGACUUGGUUCCCUGGGGCCACCGUACUGGCUGUCCUACACAACACCAUUGAAUACACCGUGGAGCUCAAGACGAAUUGGACGAAAACGUUCAAGUCCCUGGGUGAUCUUAAGGCGCAGUUGCAAGCAGAGGACGUUCAAAUUGGAGAAGCAUCGCUCGAACGUGUCAUGUUGCGUAGUGGCCUUCAGACGUCUUCACCUUUGGCCACUGUUCGCGUAUGAUGUUUAUAACGCUGGAGUAAAGCAAUUUUCUCGUAAC